UCUGCCUCCAGAGGUCAUUCUCACUACAGUUGCCACUUGUUGCCAAAGCAGCUCGGGGCUCCACCAUUCAACACCAAACUGAUUUCAAGUAUUUAUUCAGCCUAACUAUCGAGACCGACAUAUUUGGAUGCUGAAUGCGGAACGUGGCCAGGACUGAAGGAAGACUCGCGUGAUCCGGUAGAUAACAUUUCGGCGCAUCCGACGGAGAGAAGCAUGGUUGAUAACGCAAGUAUAGCAACUAAAUCUGCUUUGCAAGGCUCUUUCUCGCCCGCCAGUAGCAUUCCCAUCCCGGCUCCCUUCCCCGGCGUCCAGUCCCAGCAGCCCGCCAGCGGCGGCAUGAAGCUCGAAGCGGUCAUGGAGAACCUGCAGCGGCAACAGGCAGCGCGGCUGGCCCUGGAGGAGAAGCUCCGGCAGGCGGAGACAGAGAAAGACCUCCGCUCCAUGGCCCUGGAGGAGAAGCUCCGGCAGGCGGAGACAGAGAAAGACCUCCGCUCCAUGGUGGAGUCGCAGAUCCACCAACAAGCGCUGGCUUUCCGACACUACCAGGCGGCGAUGCGAGGCGCUCUGGCCGCCGGAGUUGCCAACUCGUCGCUCCCACACAUGGAGGUCCGCAGAGCCGCCGAGGACGGGACCUCCUCCAGACCGGGCAGCGACGGUAAGGACCGGGAAGAGGAGGGAGACGACAUGGAGGAGCAGGACAUCAUGGAUGAAGAGGAGGAGGAGGAGGGCGAAGAUGAUGUCGGGUUGAACCACUACCAGCACCGGGCAUCCUCGCUCCAGGGAGUCGGUCUGCCUCCUAAGAGCGGCCCGAUGCAUCUCAUGGCCAGAGUCCCGGCAGCCUAUGCCCCGGCCCGCCGCGCAGAGUCUCCCUUGGCCCCGCAGCCCCAGCACCACGACUGGACCUAUGAGGAGCAGUUCAAACAGCUGUAUGAAUUGGAUGAUGAUGAGAAGCGCAAAGAGUUUCUUGAUGACCUUUUUACUUUCAUGCAGAAACGAGGGACUCCAGUGAAUCGGAUUCCUAUCAUGGCCAAGCAGGUGUUGGAUCUCUACAUGCUCUACAAGCUCGUCACAGAAAAAGGCGGCUUAGUGGAAGUCAUCAAUAAGAAAAUAUGGCGUGAGAUCACCAAAGGCCUUAACCUCCCUACCUCCAUUACCAGUGCAGCUUUCACUCUCCGAACACAGUAUAUGAAGUACCUCUACCCGUAUGAAUGUGAAAAGCGGGGACUGAGCUCCCCCGGGGAGCUUCAGGCAGCUAUCGACAGCAACCGGCGGGAAGGCCGUCGGCAGAGCUACGGCUCGGCCAUCUUCAGCUACUCCCCCGUGGGCACCCCCACCCUCCUGUCCUCGCCAAAGAUGCACAUGUCCCACCUGUCUCUGCCCACGCACAACAGUGGCCACAUCUCCCACGUGCCUGUCAUCAAGAAAGAGGAAUCCAUGAUGGCCAGCUGCCUGCCCAGCCGGUUGGCCCUCCCCAUGUCACCCAGCGGCCAUCACGCAGCAGCCGUGGCCGCCCAGGCAGCCGCAGCCCAGGCCGUCCAGGCCGCGGCCCUGGAACAGCUCAGAGAGAAGCUGGAGAGUGGUGAACCACCAGAGAAGAAGAUGAUGAUGGUGGCAGAGGAGCAGCAGAGGAUGAUGCAACACGCCCUGCAGCAGAACCUGCUGGCCAUGGCCACGCAGCUGCCCCUCAACAUCAAACUCAACAACAGAGAUGAUAGACAAGAGACCGCAUUGAACCUGUCUACCAACGGCAUUAGCAGCAUCAACAUGUCAAUAGAAAUAAAUGGAGUUGUCUACACAGAAUUAUUCAGUUACCCAGAAGUUUUGAUCACCUGUUAUAUUUACGUACAUACAAAGUCAAACCAGUUUUAUUGAUUGUCAUAAUAAUCACAAACCUGCACAGCGUACGACAAAAAAAGAGAGAAGCCUCGGGAGGAGGAUGUCUCCUCCAGGACGGAAAGAAAUACAAUAGAUGACAUCAGUACAAAGUAGACAGUAGUAGCAGUAGUCAAACCAGACCAAAUGAUGAUGUUAUGUAAAUAAAGUACAUGACAUAUAAUAUUAACUAUAUAUUGUAACAAUGCUUCCCCUCAAUGCUAAACUUAACUAUACACACUCACUGACCUGCUGAACAUACUUGUAGUGGAAAGGCCUGCUCUGUUAAAACUGCAGUUACAAUAUUAGUAUUUAAACUAUUAUAUUUAAGCCAUUAAACAUAUUUUGAAUUAUUGCAUCUUUCAAAUGAUUCUGACAACAUACAUAUAUAUUUUUGAUAUUAUCACUGGAGGACAAUACAGCAGGGCGUUUUCUAAUCCUGCACAUAGUGACUUCAAAGAGCAAUUUAACACUAAAGCCACAUCAAGGCUUUGAGUUGUAAAUUCUAUGCACAGUCACCGUAUGAUAUUUCACACGCAGCCUGGUCCCAGCCAGUACUUUGCCUUUUCCCAGCGAAAGUCCAGUAAUUCUGCCGUCUAGAUCAGGGAUCUUCAACAAGGGGUCCUCAGAGUUACUGCAGGUGGGCCGCCAAAUUAUCGUUAGUUUUUUGAAAGUUUAGAAAAAAGACUAAAAUGUCAUAACAUGUAUCUAACAUAUUAUUAGCAAAUACAAAUGGGAAAAACCCAU